AAUGUUCGGCACCUCUUGGUAUGGAAAGUCGCCACAUCAAAGACUCUCAAAUCACUGCAUCUUCACAAUGGGAUGGAAAUCAUGCAGCAAUCCAAGGAAGAUUGAACUUUAAGGCUGGUGGAGGCAAAACAGGAGGAUGGUCAGCUCGCUCGAACAAUGGAAAUCAAUGGAUCCAGGUGGCUCUUGGUAGUUACACUAAAUUAACAAGUAUAGCGACACAGGGAAGGAAUGCUCACAACCAAUGGGUAACGGCGUACAAGCUGCAGUACAGUGAUGAUGGAAUGAACUUCUAUUACUAUAAAGUACCAGGACAUAGUUCACCAAAGACAUUUGAGGGAAAUAAAGACAGGGACAGUGUUGUUUAUCACAACCUGAACCCACCAAUCCAAGCUCGUUAUAUAAGACUCCGACCAACAGCAUGGUAUCGUCAUAUAUCACUAAGGAUGGAGCUUUAUGGUUGCCGAGGUUCCCAGUCUUAGCUUUCCGGAGUCUCUGUCCGCUGACAGUCAUAAAAAGAAGCUUCAGACUCAUUUACACUUGGACUUGACCAGGACUUGAAUCAUUGAACGAUGUUGGAGCUGGGUGUUCGUGUACAGGAUAUCUCACAAGUUCGUGUCCGUUUUACUAAAAGCUUAUAUCUUACUUAUUUUCGCAUCCUGGAAGCAGUAUUUCUAAGAAUGAUUAAUGCCCGGUUUUACUUACUCACUAAGGUUUAAAAUCCUUCGAAAGUUAAAAAAAAAACAGAUUUAAAAUAAUUUUCCUGCAUUACAGAAAUUAUUUGGCCAACCGACUAAUAAAAUGCUCAAGAGCACUCGCUUUUGUCAUAUAUAUUUUUCUUUCCUUAAUUUUAUCACGGUGUCGACUUGCAACAAGUUAGAAACAAGCGUUUUUCC